AUGCCUCUAGACGACUACUCGGCUAAGGCCUUUAACUGCCUCGUUCGCUACCGCCGCGUCUUAGACGCCUUUAUCGCCCUUAAGGCACGCGUAGCCCGCGAGCGCGCCCGCUUCCUUCGUUACCUCGACGCCGCCGAGUACGACCCUAACUCCUACGUCGGUAACGUCCGCCUUCGUAAGGACGCCGAUAAGGUUAAGCGCUCGCCGCUUACCGUCGCCGCCUUCUACGAGGAGGUACGUAAGCGCGCCGCCCUUAAGCACCUCGCUUAG